AUGGCCUUUUCUUCGUUUUUACAUACACUGACUAGCGCGAAGUUGCUAGUACCGAAUACGUUAGUUCGCUGCCUCUCGCAAGUGAAUAUCUCAGAAUCUUCAUUAGCCUUCGCUGACAGUAUAUUAAUUUUGUCAUUAGUACUUCCAUCACGACAGGAAACAUGUCGCUUUCAUUUAAAUUUGCAAACAACGACUGUGGGUCAAUUGGUUGAUGAGAUUAAAUCCGAAGAUGCUGGCAUUGAACAUGUACAUAUAUUUGAUAAUAAUGGUCAAUUACUGGCGAAAUCUUACGCCAUUCAGUCGUUAAUGAGUUCUCCAUUUACGAUACAAUUGAAUAAACAACGUGCAUUUCUUUUUGAUCCAAUCAAUAAAUUACAAAUCAAGGAGAAUCUAAUAAGAUCAAAUCGAACUGAUGGCCCAUCAACGGAAGAUACAAUCGGGGCGGUUUAUAAUGCCUUGAAUGUCAUGAAAGUAUACCAUCGCAAAUAUCAUGAAUUGAAAGCCGAAGCAAAUGAAUUGACUACUCAGUUAGAACCAUUGGAAAAAGUCAAAGACAAACUUGCUCAAAUAUGUCAACGUCAUAUAUCUCGUUGUGUGUGGUACGGCUUGGCGGGUAUGUCGGUUCAAGUCGGUAUUCUUGCUGAACUCACAUGGGAUGUAUAUUCUUGGGAUAUUGUGGAACCAAUGUCGUAUUUUCUUGCAUUUGGUACGGCGAUUGCCUUAUAUUCAUUUCAUUUGAUGACCCGUGCUGAUUUCGAAUAUACGACUAUGACCGAUCGGAUAUUUCUGCGGAAAUUUUACAAGGAAGCACAGCGUCACGCAUUUGAUAUUUCUCUUUACAAUCGCUUGAAAAAUCGCCUAUUUAUCGUCCAUACCGAUCUGGCUCGUCUACGAGCGCCGUUAUUAUUAUCAUUAUCAGUCCCACCCAAUCCUCUCAAAUGUUCACUCGGCCGUGUACUUGAGCAUAAUCUGUUAAGCCUAGUUGUUACUCGUAUUCACGAUUAG